UUCCCGCACUUGGCACUUGUAUUUUUGACAUAUACGAGCUUGUAUGCUGCAUUGCUGCUGCUGCUGUCAAACGAGAAUUCGAGUGAAGUUCUUAUAUAGAAAUUGCGACAAUUUAAAAGAGGUGAUUAGCCAGCUAAAACUGUUUCUCAUCUAAACGGAAAAAGAAGCUGAUUGAACAGAAAUGGAAGAUAACUUUACCAAGAUGGCCGCGAUGGGACGUCGUUUUCAAAUGGGAGAUCUGUAUGAUUAUCACACUGAUAACAUUCUCACAAAUUGCCGACUGUGGUGGGAUUCAUCCAAAUUCGCGAAUGCUACUGAUGUCACUACCGGCUUCAAAAUAAACUUGAUUCGUCCCGAUUCAAAUUUUAGCAACAAGUGGCAGCACAUGGGUCUUGACGACCAUCUUCAGGCCAGCAUCGUGACUGGUCUCAUCAACAAAUUCAGCGGAGCCAGCAACUACCUGAACGAUCCAUCGAGCCCGUCACAAGUCACCCAAACUCUUGUGUGUCGCACAAAGUCCAGGAAGGAGCGUCUGGAUGUGCAAACUCUUCUCCAACAGAUGAGCCCUUUACGUCUGCCUGACAGCAUUGAUGCCGAAAUGGAGUUGCCAAAAGCCACCCAUGUCGUCGUAGGGAUCGUCUACGGAGCUGAAGCCUAUUGCGUCCUGAGCCAGGAUCUUGGCAGCCACGAAGCCGACGAAGAAGCUCACGAGGAAGCCGAAGAAAAUUUAGGAAAAUUGGCAACCAAACUGGAGAACGCAUUAGGCGACAUCGACUUUGACGCCCAAUUACCUGAUUUCAAGGAGCAGUUCACCAAAGAAGAAAAAGCCCAGCUCACUCGUUUGAAAUGUCGUUUUUACUCCGACCUCCAAUCUUUAGCUGUUCGAGAGUGUAACGUCAUUGAAGUCUACGCACAUUGCCUGAAAAUGAUACGAAAAAUCAAAGAAGAUGUGGAAAACAAGAGCAAAGCCAUCCCCAUCACAUUCCUUCUCUGCCCGGUGAAAUUCAUUUUGAAACUUUCCGAUGAAAGAUUACGGCGGUCAUUUGGAUUCCGCGAUGUCGACUCCGAAGUGACAGCUCGAAUGUGCCGGAACUGGCUUCAAUUGGAAGAAAUCCGGAACAAAGCGGAAGCCAUUCGAGCCUCCUCAUCUGCCAAGAAAAUCAACCGAGCAUCGCUGAAAUCUUUCCUGGACGUUUUGAAUGAAUACAAACAUCUCCUGAGGGAAAGUCUGAAGAAUGGCGUCAUUAGGUCCAGGGAAAGUGACGAUGGUGAUGACGAUGAAGUCGAAAGAGUCAACAGCAUCGCCGAGAGUCACGGGCUGUUCAAACCAAUUCGACUGGAACGUUGGCUCCGCUUCAAAGUUUCCGAGUCGGAGGUGGUCGGUAAAAUAUCCGGCAUCAACGGAAUUCUAUUCUUAUCCGGGAAGCAACAACUGGAAAAGAAACUGGCCGAUUCGUUUGAAAAGAAAUACGCCUUGGUGCUGACUAUUCCGUCGCUGGAUGAAAAAGCCAACGAGAUUCUAGAAGAGAUGAACUACUACUGUGAAAACUAUAGCAAAUUGGUGGCAUUCGAGGAUGACACGGAUGAUGAAGAUGGCCAAGUUGACGAGGAUAAACUUCCGUGGCACAUGGGUCCACGUAGGACAAAGCAGGUGAUGGACAAGAUCCGGCAAUUCGCCAAUCACGUCGAGAAAAACAAACAUUUGGAAAAUCAAGUUCAGUUUUACAUCACUUCCGGAGAACCAGGUCAAGAUGGCUGUCGCUAUUCCGUCUACGAAGCUGAUAAUCUACUCAAGGACAACCUGGACCAGCUACCCGUCCCCCCGACUGAUUUGAAAAUUCGUCUCGCUCCCGCUAAAUCCAAUAAGAAAUCGACUCCAUCCAUUAUUGUGUCGUGGGACUAUGAAGAAUUGGGUUAUCCGUGUCACUUUUCCGUCGAUUUUAGACCGAUGAACAGUUCCGACCCUUGGAGUCAACAGAAGACGGCCAAGUCCGGCGAAAACCAAAUUAUCCUCAACUACAACAGUGGAGGACCAGAGCUGGAAAUUCGAGUGGCCGCCGAUACCUGCAUAGGACGCAGUGAGUUCAGCGACGUCGUUGACACCGAGACUGCGCUGGGCGUUAUUCAUCUUAGCGAUUCCGACGAGGAACUGGACUGGCUGACUGGAAACUUAUGCAUAUCCGACAGCCGCCAGGGGGCAUCAGCAUCCGCAGAGCCCUCCCAACGGGCGAAGAAACUUCUGUUGCAGCCCCCCACUGGAUUAGAAGUGGAUUUGGUUACAAAAAGCACUUGUGAGCUGUCCUGGAGAGCUCCUUUUCAUGCCGGAAGCUUAUCGUAUCGCGUUUGUUUUUGGCGAGACGGCCAAACCCCUUCGUCUGCUCGCGAAGUGGACGUCAGAGAAACCGGAUGCCGUUUACAAGAACUCCAGCCCAACACGACUUAUUUCGUUAGCGUUGUAGCCGUUGACGGCCAGGAUGAAAGUGGACAAAGUGCAAGCGUCCGAUUCACAACGGAAGUCAAUGAGAUGCGUUUUGCCGAAACGAUCGUGAAGAAAUGCAAGAAAAUUGUCAACCGCAACGGGAUGGAUGUAUUUGCUGUUCCGCUUACCAAAUUAUCUGGGCCAGCAGCGACGGCCGAUCGCUUCGCCUUCGGUAGAGCUGACGCCCUGCACACAGGGAAGAUGCAGCAUCGAACGAUUUUGGUGAUGGGCGCAACCGGUUCCGGUAAAACUACACUAAUCAACGGUAUGAUUAAUUUCAUUUUUGACGUCCAAUGGGAGGAUACCUUCCGCUUCCAGUUGAUUGAAGAACAGACGGCCGGCCGCUCCCAAGUUGACAGCCAGACCAGCCGCAUCACAGCCUACGACAUCCAUCAAGCGGAAGGAUUCCGCGUUCCGUAUUCGCUGACUAUUGUCGACACGCCCGGCUACGGUGACACCAAAGGGCUCGAAAGGGACCAAGAAAUCACCGAAAUGGUCCGUAAAUUUUUCGAAGAAAGGGGCGGAAUUCAAGAGCUGGACGUGGUCGGUUUCGUGGCGCAAGCCUCUUUGCCCCGGUUGACGCCCACACAAAUUUACAUUUUUGAUUCAGUGCUUUCCAUCUUCGGUAACGACAUCAAGGAGAACAUUAAUUUCUUAUUGACGUUCGCCGACAGCCAAGUGCCGCCCAUCUUGAGCGCCAUCACCGAGGCUGAUCUUCCCUGUCCGAUGGAUGACAACACUGGCAGGCCGCUUCACCACAAAUUUAAUAAUUCUGGCUUCUUUUGUUCCAGCCGCGAGUCCGGAAUCGGUCCAAACACAACAUACACGGUCGACAAAUUUAACAGAUUCUUCUGGCAGAUGGGCAUGAACAAUUUCCAGCUUUUCUUUAUCGGCCUUGGAAAAAUGAAAACCAAAUCUCUUUCUCUAACGAAACAAGUUUUAGACGAGCGGAAGCGAUUGGAAGCCACCGUGGACGGACUCCAACCGCUCAUCAAAAUCGGCUUGUCCAAGAUGGAAGAAAUGCGCAAAACCAAGCAAAUGAUCUCGAAUUGUCAGGCCCAAAUUGAUGCCAAUGAAAAUGUGGAAUUAGUUGUGGAAGUAACGGUGCCCAAGAAAGUGGACAUUCCAGCCGGUCUAUAUUUAACCAAUUGCAACAAAUGUUACGUCACUUGCCAUUAUCCUUGUAUGAUCCCGAAUGACGACGGCAAAGUCAGUUGCUGGGCCAUGGAUCAUGGCAUGCCUAGAUCAAUUCGCAGUUGUCGCGUUUGUCCGGAGAAUUGCAUCUGGAACAUGCAUGCCAACCAGCCGUACAAGUGGGAAUAUGUCAGCGAGCAGCAGGCCACUUCAUCCAACGCCAUUAAACAGAAAUACGAGGCGGAAUUGAAGAGGAAAUUGACGGCUCACGAACUGAUCCAGAUCCUGCAAAAGGAUCUCGACGACAACGAAAAGGCCGUUUUAGAGCGUGUGAAUACGGUUUCACGCUGCAUCCAGCGGCUGGAUGAGAUCGCCCUGCGUCCGAAUCCGUUCUCGACUCCGCAGUACAUCGACCUCAUCAUCGACGCCGAGCAACAGGAGAAACGUCUCGGCUUCAAGGAGCGGAUCGAGAGCUUGAAGAAGCUGCGACAAAUGGCCGACAUUACCAGUAAAAUCAAGAAUAAGGAGUCGCUGUUUAGCGAAGAUGGAAAGGAUGGCGGUGAAAACCUGGCGGCCGAUGAUGACGAAGGCGACGGCCUGCUGUCGCCGAUUGCUGAAGACCCUGAAGUUGGUGCGGCAUCCGGUAACAUGAUUGGAUGGCGCGAUGAAGAUUAAGUGGCAUAUUGUACAUUGUUGGUGAGAUUUUGGUAAAAUGUUAUUGUUGCUUGUUGUUUUGCGUUCACAGAUUAUCUCGAUGUUAUUAUGUAAAGGUUGUAAAGAGCCAUAUAAUUGCCAUAUAAAAGAAAACAGAGAAGAGAUUAACUAUGAAAUGUUGAAAAAUACAGCUAUUUAUGCAUAU